UACUUUUUGCCCCUCAGGGAGUGGGUUAAAAGGUGUGCAACCUCAGGGAAACCUGAGGUGGCCAGAAAAGCUAGUCAGACCUAUUUGGCUAGCAUUAAGAAAACGUGGCUCGUGAUAAGGAAAGAUACCAUAAAGAUCUGUCCUCACGGAGCACUGCGAAUGAUCGGAGACGAGAUGCCUUAUGGAUGCAGGAAAAGUCAGGAUCCGGCCCAUAAUGCUUGGUCAAAGAACGUGCCCGUCGUAUACGAUAUACUGAAAUGGUUCAUUGUGGAGACAGCUCACCAGAUCCUCUUUGAUAAGGGAGACAAUUUUGUUUACAAUGGCCCUUUGCUGUUGUUCAAGGAUGAGCAUUUUGAAUGCCUUCGGAAUGCAGAGGCUGUCGUGGAGCUGGUGUGGGAAGAUCAUCGCACGGUAGAGUCGGUGGUAUCCUCAAUCGAACUGGAUCAAUGGGACUAUUAG